CGUCAAAUUAGCUUCUCAAUAAUCAUCGAAGAAUUUUUAGUAUUUUUGUAUGAAAUCAACAUAAUUUAUAAAAUUAGUAUAGUACAGUGUUUAAAUUCAUAUUUUAUAUAUAAUGUUUACCUCGUCAAAUAAUUUAUCUGCUCAAUUCCAACAAGCUGUUUCAUUCAUAUCUGGAUCAAAUAUAUCUGAUUUCGAUAUACAACUAAAACUAUAUGGGUUUUAUAAACAAGCCCUAGAAGGAAAAUGUAAUCAACCUAAACCACCUAUUUACAAUUUAAAAGGGAGAAAAAAAUGGUAUGCCUGGUCUGAAAUGGGUGCGAUUUCCAAAGAAGAAGCUAUGGAACAGUAUAUAGAGUUAGUAAAAACAAUAAAUCCAAACUUUCAAUCAGUAAAAACGGGCUGGGUGUCUGUAAGUACACUUGCAAACAAGGAAAAACCAAUAUCAGAAAAUGAAAAAACCAUCAGUGAUUGGGUAAAAGAAGGAAAUUUAGAUAAAAUAUCAACUUAUAAACAUAACAUUAAUAUUAUUGAUGAAAUGGGAAUGGCUCCUAUACACUGGGCUUCUGAUCGUGGUAAUUUAACAGUAUUGAUGUUUUUAGUUGAAAACCUUUCAGCUGAUGUAAAUUUGCAAGAUGAUAUGGGUCAAACUGCUUUGCAUUACGCUAUAAGUUGUAACCACAAAGAUGUAAGCAAGUAUUUAGUGGAUAAAGGAGCAAGAACUGAUAUUCCAGAUGAUGAUGGAGUUACUGUGAUUCAAAUGUGUGCAAAUUCAAAAUUUAGUUCCAUUUUAUUACAGUCCUGAUGUUAUGUAUACUCUAAAUUUGAUAUUAAUGUAAAUUAGGUAUUUUUGUUAUAUUCACAAUUUUAUAUCACUUAUAUAAAAAGGUAAUUAUAAUUUUGUAGUUAAAUUUGUUUAAUAAUAUAUUAUGUGCAAAUUGUUUUGAAGCAGACUUGUAGGAGUUCAGUAAAUUAUAUUUAUUAAUUUAACAUCAAUAA